AAUUAGAAGAAAGCCACAGUUCACGAGAGUCAGUCGAGAACCAGGCGGUUAAGGACAUAGAAGAAAGUUCUAAUUUAAAGAAAAUUAUUAAAAAUUUUAGUGAUGAAGAAAAAGAAAUAAGAAAAAAGCCCAACAAAAGACUUUUAUUCCCCUUUAGCUCUAAAACCAAAUUAAAAUACUCUACUAGAAAAUUAACUAGACUACCUGAACUUCCCACGUUGGCUUAUCGUUUCGGGGAGGAAAUGACGUUGAAACUUCUUGAAAAAAUAACUAUGGAGAGAUAUUUUAUUAGAGGAAAAGAAAAAGAUAGAUUUAUGAUAGUAGGAAGAGAUGGUGUUACUGCCGAAAAUUUCCUUGAGAAAUAUUACGAAAAAAUAGAAAAUGUGGUUUUCCUAAUGGAAAAACUUUUUCCUCUUGAUGAAAGCGGAAACUUAAAAACCGGUAAUCCUUUCUUGGGCCCGAAAGGAAAACAUGAAGAUCCCAGUGAGGAAGAGGAACUUGAAGCAGCAAAAGAAAAAAUUAUCCGGGAUUGA